GCUUAAUUCAAAAACUCUGUAAUAUUUAUAUAGUUAGCAUACAAAGCUCUAAUUUACACAGUGUUUGAUAGAGGGGAGGAUUCGCUUUCAGCAAUGAUGAGGGAUUCUUUGAUGGUAGCGUUGAUUUGCGUCUGUUUUGCAGCCAUACAAGUUGGAGGUCAGAAGAAGACAUGUGCUGUCAACUUCGGUGGCUGCGACAAGAGUCGGGGUUACUGCUGGAAUACAGAUAAAGGGAAGAGUUCGAUGUGUUCUUGUAAAUCUGGUUACAGAUUUCGACUUCCACAUACCAGAAGAGGGACGUGUGUUGACAUCAAUGAAUGCCGAGCGAAUCUCCACAGUUGCGACACAACCAAUGGAAGAUGCAUUAACACCCUUGGAUCUCAUAGAUGUUCCUGUAAACGUGGAUUCGUCCUUGAUUACACAAAGACCAAAUGCUUGAGGCAAAAUCAAAUCAAGGGAACCUGCUCAAGAAGACGCUGUGGAAAAUGCCGAAACCGCUCCAGAUACGACUCUGAAAACCCGGACGAAGAUGCCGUCAAGUUCUGGACGCGAUUCUUUAAGCGUCGUCGCGGUGGGAAGAGAGGAAGCUGUGUGUGUGAACCUGGCUUUGCCAAAAGAAGAGGAUGUAAAUAUUGCCAAGACAUAAACGAAUGCAGACUAAGGAUUUCAAUGUGCGAUUUGAGACGAGGUCAUUGUCAUAAUUCUGAUGGUGGCUAUUUCUGCACUUGCAAAAACGGAUAUCUUCUAGGACCGUGUGGAUUCAAGUGCUACAGAGCCAAUAAAAGACCAUCAGAGUGCAAUUCUGAAGUCUUCCAAUCAUCAAGACUUGCGAAAGGUGACAGUGAUGGAUUGAAUGAUGAAACUACUAAAGCUGUUCUUCUCGAUCAUAUUACCGAAAAGAUUGCUAAACUUGGAGGAAGACUAACACUGUUUCAUACGUUAUUGUACAAGACCUGUAAAACUGGAGAUAAAAAGAGAGUGCAAAGAUUUGAUGUAAAUCAUGAUGGGAAAGAUGAUAUUGUUAUUCAUUAUGUUUGUGCUAGAAACAUUUGGAACGUAAAAGCUGUUUUUGACACUGAAGCACGUUGGUCACCUUGGACUUGCUGGACAUCUUGCAAACCUACUUGUACAGGUGGAAUUCAGACUCGUGUUCGCAUUUGCAAAUAUGGUUUAGUCGGAGAAGGAAAAUGCAAAGGUCCUGCAACUCAAUACAAGACAUGCUAUACAGGAAAGAAAUGUGCAUUGCGCGUAAGAAGGGAAGCUCACUCAUUAAAUACCAGACAACAGAAAGAUCUCAUUCAAGCAAUGGAGAAAUACAAGAAAGAUUCCACUACUUUUGGAUUCCAUAACGCGGGUGGAACUCACGAGUUCCCCUUCCAAUGCAUGGGCUCUGAUGGAAAAGACAAGGGAUGCUGCUUUCAUGGUGCAAAACUGAAUUUUGCGAUGUGGCACAGGGCUGAGUUGCUUAACUUUGAAGAAGGUUUAACAAGACAUCUGAAGGACAAAACACUUGGAUUGCCAUAUUGGGACUGGUUGACUUAUCCUAACCCACCACCCCUGGUUUGGAGCAAAAAGCUAUUUAAAAAAGAUAACCCUUUUACUUCAAUGACAAUUAGAUAUGACGUCACCCCGAAUAUAGUGACGCAACGUUCGCCUACUGUUAAUCCUUUCAUGGUCAAAACAUCCAAGGACAAUUAUUAUGUCGCAAGAAAGAUGAUGCAGUCACACAGUAUCCAUGAAUUUUCUGAAGCUUUGGAAAAUGCUCACAAUUCGAUUCAUUCGUCCAUUUGCUGGGGCGCUCAACAAAACCAAAAUAAAUGCACUUAUUCAAUGGCUGGACUGACAUAUGCUGCUUUUGAUCCUGUAUUUUUCUUCCAUCACACAAAUAUAGACAGGCUUUUUUCUGUUUUCCAAGACUGGAUGAGUCGCAACAAUGAAUUAGCUUGGACAAGACAAUCAGUUCUUGAACCACAAGAAAACAUUUUCCAUUUCAACCAACCAUAUUUGCCAUUCAACAAUCAUUCUUUGACCCCGUUCAAAAAGCUUCAUGCAGUUUCAAACAUUCAAGAUCUAUUUUUCAACAGACAAUUGCUUGGCUACAGAUAUGACAGUCUCAAGGUACCUAAACAGGUGGCCAAGAAUGGAUCAGCCAGUGAUGCAGAAAAGGCUCAUAUUCCAUCAUCCGCUGACAAACUUAUGUUAGGACAAUAUGAAAGAAGCAUCCGAACAAACGUUAAGAUUACUUACUUUCUGGCAAAUAAACUAACAGGACUCGCUAACAUCAAGAAAUGCUCAAAACUGAAUGAAGAUGAAACUCGAUUUCUGGCAAGUGCUCAAAUUCUGGGAAGCAGAAGAGAGAGAUCAUGGAAGUCCAGACAACCUACUAUUGUAAACAUCAAUCAUUUGUUCGGAAAGUUGAGUAGGCCACAACGUGAGCUUAUUUCUCCAACAAGUAAUGUGCAGAUAAGGGCUUGCUACAGUCACAAUCUAUCCUGCCGAAAGAACUGCAAACAAAUCAGAUCAAACAUCAGAAGAUUAAUACCAUCUCCUCAGCUGAUCUUAUACCCAAAGAAUAUUCGUACUGAUGUACAGAAGAUUGAAUGGGCGAAAGGAGUUCGCUUUCCAACUUGGACUAUCGAUGCUAUUUCUGGGACUAAGUGGUUCGUCUUCUGGGGAAAGGAAGCCAAGGAUGUUGUGCAGGUUCCCAACAGAUCUAGUUACCUGUCUUGUAACACCAAAGGCGCAAGGAAAGUGAAUUGUGAAACAGCAUGCGUUCUGCCAAGUGGAGUGCACUACUUUGUGCAUAAAACAAGAUGUCGACGUGGAAUGAAGCUUAGCAUCCUGGCUCACGUUUAAAUGGGAUAAAAUUUCAAGUGGAAUCAUUUAUUAAUCAAGAUUUGUCAUUGUUAUAGAACUGAUUUCAGAGUUCAUGUCAGCAGUUAUCAACGCCUGUUCGUUUGGUCUCAGUUUUGAUAGUUUGACAAAACUGAUUAAAA